AUGUGUUAUAUGGAGCCCGACUGUGUCAGCAUUAAUCUUUAUACACGGGCAGAUGGAAAUGGAAACUAUAAAUGUGAACUGAACAAUGCUACUCAUGAAGGACACGAAGGAAAGUUGAUAGAACAAGAAAUGUAUGUUUAUCACGCAGCUGAGGUAAAUAUUGCUUUCAAUUUAAGAUUCAGAUUGGUGUACUUUGUUUUUCUUUUGUAAAUUCCUAGUCUCACGUUUACCUUGAAUUACGAACUCUUUCAUGACACUAGCAAUAAUAUUGUGUCUGUGCUCUUCACCAAAAUCUCCUCAAAGACAAAGCAUUUUAAAGUUAUUGGAGAAAUAUAGAAAUACAAGGACAACUAUGAUGACAAGGAUAACGAUGGCGAUAUUGAUGAUGGUAGCGGUGCGGACUAUUAAAUGUUGAAAAUAAUUUUAAGGUUGAUAGUAACGAUGACAAUGACAACUGUUUGUUUCUUCUGUUAGGGCAAUUGUGUUGAAAAUCCUUGUAAGAACAAUGCUACUUGUCAAAGCGGAUUUACUAAGAAAGGUUUUCGGUGUCUGUGUAUCGCUGGAUUUGAGGGUCCGAUUUGCGAAAGAGGUAAACACAACUUUUAUGAUGAUAUCUUUAGACUUUCAGUUUAACAACAACAAGCAAAAACUUUAUCGCUGCUUGUUAAUUGUGUCUCAAAUAAUAAAAUAGCUUUCUCUGUACUCAUGUAGCUCAAACCGCUCUUACUAGUCACUAGGACAAAGGGCCUUUGUUGCGGUUACUUCACCAACACCACUCGAUAGCGAAGUUUUCGUUUUUUGUCAUUUCUUCUCGUCAUCUCCUAUCUCCUUAUUCGUCUUGACAUAUUUUCUCCUGAGCUGCACUGAAAGUGAAAAGAGACAAAAGUAAAAUAGAUGAACCACAAGCAAAAAGAUAAUUAGCCACCUGUAGAACUUUCGGGAUUAAAAAAGAGGGAAUAUGUGACUGUUUCGCAGCUCAUCAGCACUGUUUGUGACUUACAAGUUGGUUGUGGGUCGACUCAUUUUGAAUACAUUUUUUUCACUCUGUACAAAGUAAAUGAAGUGUAGUGAUCACGAGAAAAGAAAAACUACGUUUAUCAUAUUAAGAACAGUAUGUGUAGGAGGCCUACCUGAUUAUUCUUGUACAGUUGUUAGUGCUUCAAUUUUUUUUUUUUUCAGUACGAUAAUUAUGUUUUUAUUUAUUUAUUUAUUUUUUUUUUUUUUUUCAGACAUCAACGAAUGUGUUCGUGGGCUACACAAAUGCAGCUCUGAUGCGUUUUGCAGCAAUACUAAAGGUUCCUACAAUUGCACUUGCAAACAUGGAUUCACGGGAAAUGGACGAGAAUGUAAAGGUAGGCGUUGGAUUUAUUACCAAUUAUGUGAUGAAAAAAAUAAAGCUUGCAUUUGCAAAUUAUCCACAAAGGGGUGAUCAGGAAAUGUGGAGAGAAACUGAACGCGAGAGGAGAUACAUAUAGACGAAACCACAUUGAAACAAUGUAUUCUUAAUCUCCAAAGUGUUUUUGCAUCAAUCGGAAUCAAUGUACUCAUCACUGUUUGUUGGUUUCGUUCAUCUUUUGUUGAAGAGACUGUCGCAUGGCUACAGAAACCUAUUUGAUGUUCUCAACAACAAAUAUUAAUGAUGUUCAAAUCAUGUACGAAUAUCAAGUAAUACUGCUGACCUUUUAAAUCUUUUAUAUAUUUUCGUCAAUUAUUGGUCGGCUUUAUAUCUGUAGACAUCAAUGAGUGUGUCGCAAGGUCACACUCUUGCAGCCCUGAUGCCUAUUGCAACAAUACCAAAGGCUCUGUACAUGUAAACCUGUUUCACUGGGAGUGAAAGAGAAUGUGGGGGUGAGCGUUAAUUUUGAGAAUAUUGAGUAAAAGAGGCGGAUUUUUCUAAUUUGGAACUUUCUGAUAAAACAAAAACUACGUUUAUCAUAUCAAGAACAGUUGGAGGCCUACCCAUGUAUUGUUGUUUUUACAGUUGUUGGUGCGUCUAUGUUUUUUUCUUUUUUUUAAACGAUAACUUGUAUUUAGUUAUCGGUGUAUUUCUUUUGCUCAGACAUCAACGAAUGUGUUCGUGGGCUAGACAAAUGCAGCUCUGAUGCAUUUUGCAACAAUACCAAAGGGUCUUACAACUGUACAUGUAAACCUGGAUUCACUGGAAAUGGACGCGAAUGUAAAGGUAAACGUUGAGGUCGAAAUGUAGAGGAAAAUCAGCUGAUGAAAGUCUAAGUAAGAAUUUUGAUACACUGGCGAUAGCACUGCUCUUCUAGUGAGCCUUGCAACCCUUAUGAGUUUCUAAGCCCCUCUUCCGUGUAGUGUUUUAAAACGUUUGCAAUGGGAAAAUUACUGAUUUCGUUUUUCGCAUGAAAUCACGAUUCAUAAAACUUGUCAGUGUCUGCGUGAUCUCCCUCGUUCUUUGGUUUCAGAAGACAAGUCAGAUCUCGGUUUUGGUAAUUCAAGAUAUCAUAGUCAACCUCGUCCAGUAAUUGCUUAUUAGCUUAAAACUUUUCUUCGUCUCCUUUUUUUUAUUUAUUUAUUUUCAAUUGGUAAGUCCCUUUGAAACACAUCCAUCGAUGAUUCUUGAUCGUUUAUAUGUUCUCUUCGAGUAAAAUCACAAAUUAUGAAGUAACAUCUGUUGCAGCUUAUACUGUAAAUCUAAUCAUCCGGAGUUUAAACUUAAUACCCAAUCAUAGUUUAUAGAUAUUUUUGGAAAUAAUUGAUUAUUUUUCAAACACGACCAGUAAUAAACUUGGUAAGCGUUCAGUAACGUAGAAACUUUAAAAAUUGGAUGAAAACAUCUAUUGCUUUAUUAAGAUAAUAACAACUGAUCCUCUCCCGACGCUGUUUCUUAUCAAUGAUCUAUUUAAAGAAAACAUACAUGCUACCAAAUGAAGUGAAUGAAAACUGACUCUUUCCAGUCAAAAAGCAGAGCUUGGAACAUGAUGAAUUUCUUCUGUCAUUCAGUCAGAUCGCAGUCAAUCUAGUUUCCCAAUGAUGGAUUGAGAUGUAGCUAAAAAAAAGUUUACAAUUUCCUCUAAUCAAAGAUAUUUUUAAACUUCUUGCAGGAGCUUCCUCGUGUAAAGAAAUUCAUGACAUGCAAGUAGAACUGAUUUUCGAUAUUAUUUUCAUAGUACAUCAAAUAUCGCGCUUUCCCGCAUAUAGUUUAGGCCCACCACGGCACCGAAUAUACCCCAAUUUUCAAACCACAUUCCAUAUGCGGAGAAAGUCCUCCUUUAAAUCUUUAUUCAUUUCAGUGGAAUGCAUUACUGUCCUCAGAGAAGAAGUGAAAAAAUAUCUUUUGAACUCGGACACCUGUUUGAUUCAAGAACAAAUAACCGAGCAUUGUUUAUAUUCCGCAGAUAUUGACGUCUGAAGGAUCAACUUUCCAUUUGCUUAUUAGUUGAAUCAUUAUUAUUAUUAUUAUUGUCAAUCAGUAUCUUUCCCAUUAUCAGUUUCAUUGCCACCGUUGUAGCUAUGAUAAUUAUUUUCAUAAGCUCAAGGUUUUAUUUCACCAUCAUUGUUUUCAUUACUAGUUGUAUUUCUUUUUUUUUUAUUCAAAAGAUCCAAUGUGAGUGGUGUGGUUACCCUUCUUGUUGACUCCCAACCAUUGUCCGUUUUCUGUUCCAUGGGAAAUUUUGGGUGUGGAGAUGGUGGAUGGACGCCAGUCAUGAAGAUUGACGGCAGAGAGGUGCAUACUUUUAUUGAAUAAUUCAUUUCCUGUAUAAACCCGCUCUCUUUCAAAACGUUGCAAGUUAAAAACGUGCGUUUUACAUAUGUAUGCCUUCAGUCGUCUUUCAUUGAGAAGGUAAUACAUGAAGAACAGACCUCGUUCAACGUAAAUUUGAAGACUCGUUGUGUGUAGUGACUGUUGAAAAAGGAUGAAAAAGAAUGUAUAAAUAUAUCCUAACAUAUUUGUCUCUAAUAGCAUGUAACGGCUAUUUAAGAAAUACACACCAUUAAGAUAAUAAUGCGGUUAAAAGCCGUCCGGAACAAACAACAUAUUUUAUCUCAGUUAAAGUUCCACACUGGUUAAUGGGUAUGUAGAUAUAACCCUGAUUUAAAGAGCUGUCACUGCUCAUUCCCCGAGCAGCGGGAGGGAGGAUAGGUAGAGGAGGAUUCCUGGAGGACUAUAUAACAUUUGGGGCCAGUUAACUUGCCAAUGAGGAGAAAUCGUUGGUCAUAGGAAUAUUACUGACAGUCUUAUGGGGAGAUCAGGUUACUUUUAUGGUGACAUAACCAAAAUCCAAUUUGUUUUUGUUAUAUAUGAAAAGAGAUUGGAAUUUCUUUAUAUAAUAGCAUCGUGUAUCAUCCUUCAUUCACUUCACAAAUGAUUGUCAUUUCAAUGUCUCUUGAUUGGCGUCCAAAUGAAAACACAGAAAAACUCCUUAUAACUAGAAAGAUAUGUUAUGCACCGAUUUACGGCGCGGGGUCCGUGUUGGAAAAAAAAUGACCUUAGUCUUCACGACACGAUGGCGUAAUUACCAAGGUCAAUUUAACGGUAAAACAAAUGAGUAAUGGAUCAAUAAAUGCAGAUAUACGACAGGACUUUGACAGAAAAUAUCCAUUAAUUCGGAUUAAAUAAAAAAAAAUGUAUUGCUCCUAUAUUUCAGACCACCUUCCAUUAUGAUGAGCAUUACUGGAUAAAUUACCAAGGAUACAAUCUUCCCGGAGGAGAGACUGGGUUCGACGGACAAGAGUCAAAGCUACCCACCUACUGGAACACAUCCUUCAAGAUCUGUCUCGGUAUGAAGAUCGACAGCUCAGAUUCACUGUCAUCCACUAGCAAGCUGACGCUCUGUACUCACUGA